CCCCCACCUGGUGUAUAUACCGCCUGACACCUGACCCGGGGGUGAGGAGUCCGGAGGUCACGUGAUGUGUGCGGGAGAUGAGCCCAGGGGGCAGGAAUCCCGACCUCUACAAGUGCAACAGCUGGAGAGCAGGGGCAUGCUGGGAGUUGUAGUUUUACUGCAGCUGGAGAAUGGGGUUAUGCUGGGAGUUGUAGUGUGACGGCUCUCUCCUGCCCCCUGCUGUCCACAUGGCCCCCUAUCCCCAGGACAUGUCUAUGAAAUUUUUUUUAAACAAACUAUCGGAGGAUCAGAUACAAUUUUAUUCUAUGAAUUUUAAUGAUGAAGGUGGAAGUGACAUGGAGGUGACAAUCCAGAAGUCAAACCUAGAACGGCAAAACUGGAACAGUGAUGGGACUCUGGGUGAUGGAGAGACAAGAUGUCCACCGAUCAAGGAGGAACCGUUCGUGUGUGAUGAGGGAAAUCUAGCAACAAAUAACACAAACGCACCUUCUCGAAUUAAGGAGGAACCAGUCCCUACUGAUGGAAUGACCCUCCAAGACCCCGAUCCUUCUGUAGACGAGGUGCCAUAUCCUUCUACUCAUAUUCAGGAGGAAUCCUAUGAUGGAGUAAACCUUACAACCCAACAUUGUCGUCAUCAGGACUCAUCUACUUGUAUUAAAGAGGAACCAGUCCCUACUGAUGAAAUGACCCUUCAAGACCCCGAUCCUUCGGUAGACGAGUUGCCAUAUCCUUCUACUCAUGUUCAGGAGGAAUCCUAUGAUGGAGUAAACCUUACAACCCAACAUUGUCCUCAUCACGACUCAUCUACUUGUAUUAAAGAGGAACCAGUCUUAGAAGCUAGACAAAAACUCACAAACACUAACACUAGUAGACCAGAAGAUCACACCCAACAGUAUCCCUCUACUCGUAUCAAAAAGGAAACGGACUCAAGUGACCGGAGUAAUGAAACUGACUCAACGAUAAGUGUUACACAGCAGUCACCAUGUGAUACAAAAGACGAGUUGGACACAACCGAAGAAGACACCGAUGUUGACUUGCCAACAGAUCGCGUGGAAUUUCCUCCUUACAUUAAGCCCGAAACAGCGUCAUGUGAUGGCGGGAACCUGAAGGACAUUUCGGUAGGUCCCAGAUCUGUUAAGGUGGAAUUUAUUUCUUGUGAAGAGGAUAAUCUCUCGGAAUAUACGUUGGUGCAGAUCAAAGAGGAGUCGGCGUCGGGUGAAGAUGACAACACGACAGACAACGAGAAUUACCUGUCCAGCGGCUGCACAGAAUCCCAGAUAAAUGAAGACUGGUCACAAGACGGAAACUUGGAUGCACCGGAAGCAAAAUCGUUCUCCUGCUUGGUGUGUAAGAAGCAAUUCAGUAGUAAGUCACAUCUUAGUAGACACCAUAAAAGCCACAGCGGUGCAAAGUCGUUCUCCUGCUCUUACUGUGGGAAGUGUUUUUCGCGCCUAGAACAGUGCUCUACGCAUCAGAAGACCCACACCGGAGAAAAGCCCUUUACGUGUUCAUAUUGCGACAAGAGUUUUUCUCAGAAGUCCCACGUCACAGUCCACGAGAGGUCCCACACAGGAGACAAACCCUUCGCUUGUUUCUACUGUGGAAAACGGUUUUCUCAGAAGGCGAGACUGGUCGUCCACGAGAAAUAUCACACGGACGACAAGAGGUUUUCAUGCUCUUUCUGCGGGAGAUGUUUCCUACGUCGGGAACAGUGCGAGGCUCACCAGAGGAUGCACACAGGGGAGAAGCCGUAUCCGUGUACGUACUGUGAGAAAGGAUUCAAUCAGCGGGCGCAGCUUAUUAUACACGAGCGAGUCCAUACGGGCGAGAAACCCGUCUCCUGUUCGGACUGUGGGAAACGCUUCUCCCAAAGGUCUAACCUGAUUACCCACCAGAGAAUCCACACUGGAGAGAAGCCGUACUCCUGUUCUCACUGUGAGAAAUGUUUCAAUACCCAGACUAGUCUAAUUCUGCACAUGAGAGGCCACACAGGAGAGAAGCCAUACUCCUGUGCAGAAUGUGGGAAAUGCUUCACCCACAAGUCAGUCUACAGCAAACAUCAAAGAGUCCAUACGGGAGAGAAGCCAUUUUCGUGCACCGUAUGCGACAGACGUUUUUCUCAGAAAGCUCCGCUUAUAGCACAUCAGCGGACACACACGGGAGAGAAGCCAUUCUCAUGUCCUGAUUGCGGAAAGAAGUUUUCCCAGAAAGGACAUCUCGUGACUCAUCAGAGAAUUCACACCGGGGAGAAGCCCUUUUCCUGUUCUGAAUGCGAGAACAGUUUUAACACUCACUCUAGUCUCGUUUUCCAUCAAAGACUCCAUACAGGAGAGAAACCGUAUCCUUGUACCAUAUGUGAAAAGAGUUAUACCAACAAAUCCCAGCUGGUAAAACAUCUUAAGGUCCACUCGGGGGAGAAGCCAUUUGCAUGCCCUGAAUGUGGUAAAUGUUUCACCCGUAAGGCCGAUUUUGUGGUUCAUCAGCGAGUUCAUACCGGUGAGAAGCCCUACCCCUGCUCCGAAUGCGGAAAACGAUUUACCAUCCACCAAAACCUCGUCCUACACCAGCGAAUCCACACUGGAGAGAAACUUUGUUUUUGUUCAGAAUGUGGAAAGUGUUUUACCCGGAAGUCUGACUUUGUGAUCCACCAGAGAGUCCACACGGGGGAGAGGCCGUACUCCUGUUCACAAUGCGGCAAGACUUUUACCAUCCAUCAAAAUCUCAUUCUGCACCAGAGAAUCCACACGGGGGAGAAGCCAUAUCUGUGCUCCGAGUGCGGGAAAACGUUCGGUCAGAAGUGCACCUUGAAUAGACACGUGAAAAUACAUAAAGGGGAAAAAUAGCGUUCCUCUAAAUGACUCGUGUAAAUGACUCUUGUAUAUUCCCAUUUAUAGUUUUAUAUUAGUUUAUAUAUUUAAUGUUGUUAAACAUAUUGUAUGUCAGACUUCUACACUCGAGGAUUUGAACCUUCCUAAAAAAUAUGAACAAAAAGUUUUUAAAGUGAUUUUGCUUCUUCUGAGACUCCUCAAUCGACCACAGCAGGACUUGGCAUGUCUGAAAUAUCCUAACAUUUUCAAUUAACAUGGUCCUGUAAUUUCCCCUCCCAUUCCCAUAAGUCAUAAGCAGCAGCAAUUUACUGCUUAGGCCAGGGCUGCUUUUGUAAUGUAACCCUUUUCUUGCUGUGCUGUUGCUUUUCUCCUUCCUGCUCACAUAGCACAUUACAAAGCCAGUACAUCAAUAAUCCCUUCCCCCUCCACAUGCCAUUUAUAGUAGUGUACUGUAUAAAUCAUCCCCUAGCACAGUGGCAGCCUGUUCAGUCCAGAACUAUGUCACGGCAUAGCUGAGAGGCGUAGGUGCUCUACUGUGAUUGGCUAGAGAAGUAAGGGAAAGGAAGUCCUGUGUGUAUACUGCUUACAGACACCCCAACUCUGGUUGGCACUCGGCUGUGUAGCACUCAGCGUUCAUUUAGAACGCGGGCAGUGGGGGUUGUGACAUCAAGGCCAACGCCCCUCCCCUCAAUGCAAGCCUAUAGGAGGGGGCGUGACCAUAGUCGUGCAUUGAGAGGGGGCGUGGCGUGAUGCCAUGGAGGGUGUGUCCAUGACAUCACGACCCACGCCACCCAUUUGUUCUGUACGCUGGGGCAGUGGAGUACUCCUUUAAGGCUUACCGUAUUUUUCGCCCUAUAGGACGCACCGGCAUAUAAGACGCACCCAAUUUUAGAGGUGCAAAACCUAGUAAAAAAAAGAUUCUGAACCCAACAG